UAUUUUUGCGUUGCAAAUAAAGAAUAUAUGUGAAUCCUUUGACUAUUAUCCUCAAAAAGCGACUCUCAAUUCGUAAAAGAGUGGCUCAUGUUACUCCACACAAGUACACAACCAUCCAACAACACUCUCAAAUCAAAUAUAUCUUCAUUUUUCAUACACUUAACACAAUUUUCAAAAUCUACAAAUCAUACCUUUUACUCACUAAUCCGAAUUGCAGAUCUAAUGGAAGAUGAAUCCGUUACUGAAUCGAUGCAAGCUGAGGCGGAACAGCCCCACGAUGCUUUAUUUCUGGUCUUAGCUUACCUUCCUGUACUAGAGCUUCUUAACAUGACUCAAACUUGUGUAUCAUUGAGGGAUGCAGUGAACAAAGAUGUAUUGCCAUGGCUCAAUAUCAUAAUUGAGAGGCCGUUAAGCUCGCGAUUGUCCGAUGAGAUUCUGAUGAAAAUUACUUCCAAGGCGGACGGGAAAUUGAGAAGUUUGAUUAUCAGGAAUUGUGUGAAGAUAACGGAUUAUGGACUUCAAAGAGUUGUAGAGGAAAAUCCUUAUAUCAAUAAGCUCCAUCUACCGGGUUGCACCAGCUUAACACCAGAAGGAAUCAUUAUAGCUGUGAAGACACUAUCUCAACAACCAAACAGCUUGAAAAGCUUGCAGAUAAAUGGCAUCUACAACUUAAAUAAACAACACCUUCAAACUCUUUCCUCCUGUCUUCGUACGGACCCUGCGCAAAAGAAGCCGCAUCCUAUUCUCUAUCAUCAUUACAGAAUUAAUCCAUCAUCAACCUGCAUGGAAAAAGAUCGAAUAAUCGACGUAGAUGUCUGUGUGAAGUGCGAUGAGGUUCAAAUGGUGUUCGACUGCUCAAGGGGAAUAUGCAGGCAAAAGAGGGACCGUGGUUCUGCAGGCUGCAGAGGGUGUAACUUCUGCAUUACAAGAUGUGAAGAAUGUGGAGGAUGCGUCGUUGCUGAAGAACAAGAGGACACAGCAUGUGCAGACGUACUGUGUUCGGAUUGUUGGAUUCAUCUGCCGAAGUGUAAUCAUUGCAACAAGCCGUAUUGCAAGAGACAUGCAAAUCAGCUGUUCAGUUCUUCGGGCUGUAUCGGGUUUGUCUGCGAAGCAUGUCAUGUCAUUGCAAUUGGAGAUUCAAUUUGGGGCGAUAAUGCUGUUGAAUAAUCUUCUGUAUUCCUUGCAAAAUGUUGAAAAAUUGAGCAAGGCUUUUCCUAUGUAAUAUGAAAAUGAAAAUGCUGAAACAACAAAAUCUGGAAAUAAAAAAUGCCGAAAUAACAUUUUUUUCCAAGAACAUGUUAUACAUA